AUGGGCUACGCAAAGAACGACUCAAAGGCCGCAAACGCCUCUUCAGUCGAGAUCCCGUUCGACAUGCCCGUCAUUGACUACAAGGGUAUGCACGGGAGCCCUGAAGAGCGGGCAAAGUGGCUGAAUGAGCUGGAUAAGGGAUUCCAGACUUAUGGGUUCUGUUAUCUGUCUAAUUCCACCAUCUCUGAAGAACUGCUCGAGGAGGCAUUUGAGUGGUCACGCCGUCUCUUUGCGCUCCCGUUCGAGACAAAGAUGAAGGCAGAGCACCCUGCGUAUGAGACGCCUUACAGUCAUCGUGGGUAUGCCAAGCAGGGAGUGGGCCACACGGUGCAGCUGCUCUUCGACCACGACGAGAUUGAAAAGACCAAAAUCACAGAGCCCGAGAUCAAAGAGACCUUUGAGCUGGGCAACGGCCUCCCCAACAGCGGGCUGGUGCCCAACAACUACGUGCCCGAGGAGGACCUGCCAGGGUUCCGUGCGUUCCACGAGAAGUGGUUCGUGGAGUGCACCAAGCUGGCGCAGAGCCUGCUCAAGGACUGCGGCGACGCGCUGGGGCUCAAGGACCCGGAGCUGUUCUGCAAGCAGCACUCGAUGAACGACGCGCACAUCAGCCUGAUGCACUACCCGGAAAUCUCCAUCGAGCCCCUGCACAGCGGCAAGGCGGCGCGCCUGAACGCGCACACCGACUACGGCAGCCUGACCAUGCUCUUCCAGGGCGAGAUCGGCGGGCUCGAGGUGUACGACGGCGACGUCUUCAAGCCCAUCGUGCCCAAGAAGGGCACCAUCAUCCUCAACGUCGGCGACAUGCUGGAGCGCCAGUCCAACGGCCGCUGGAAGAGCUCGCUGCACCGCGUCGUGGGCCCGCGCGAGAUCAUGAUGCAGGAGGGCUACGACCCCAAGGGCACCGUGAUUGACAGGUACACCAUCGUCUACUUCUGCCAGCCCGACGCCUCUGUCAUGAUCGACACGGCCCCGGGGUGCGAGGAGCCGGGCGCCUGGAAGCCCACCAUGGUCGGAGACUGGGGCGACAAGAUGACUUCUCUCGAAUGGCUGCACAAGCGGUAUCUGGCCGAGUUUCACUGA